CCAUCAGCUCCAACCGCAACCGCUCCAGCAAAACCGACUGAUGGACCACCGGAAUUCACAGAAGCAAGAACAUCUCGCAUUCCAAAGCGUGCGGACAGCAUCAAAACACCCAUUAUUGAACGAAAAUUACCACAAUUACCAAAAUCCGUGACACAACGAAGUCAGAGCGCGGAAGACAAGGAACGCGGUGAUGUUUGGAGUAGGCUCUACCUGGACAAAAAAGCCGGUUUGAAAAAGACUCGUGAAUUGAGACCGCCAUCCAGAACUACAGGAGAGCAGGAAAUUACAUCCACAAUCUCAUCCCCAUUGACAUCGCCAAAGCCGGAUCGACCUUCGGCUGCUGAACUAAAGUUUGGUACACUUGAUCGCGAACGAAGAGAACGUCUAGCAGCUAAUCAAAAUGUGCUUGAUCGACAAACAGAAGAAUUACGAAAACUUGGUGUUUUAUAA